CCAAAAAUUUCCUUCGCAACGGUGAUUUCUCUCUCUCUCUCUCAAAUUUUUUUUAAAAAAAAAAAAAAAAAAAAUCGUUUCUUGGGGCAGUUUUUUUUGGUCUGUGUUUUUUUUUCCCCCUUCAUUUUUAAUUUCUUUGAGGUCCGAGACGAGACUUGUUGAGCACACACGUCGACCAUUACUGCAGAAGCUUUCCAUGUAGAAGAGAGAGAGAGAGAGUUUCAGAGAAGAAGAAGAAGAAGAAAAGGCCAUGUUCUACUCACAGACUCUUCUGUCAAAGAAAGGCCCUUUGGGCGCCAUUAGAGUCGCCGCUUAUUUUUUCAAGAGGCUCAAAAAACCUCAUGUCCAACACACUGAUGUCGCCUCUUCUGUUGAUAAGAUUUUGCAAGAAUUUCCUGUCCUUACAUAUAGAGUGUUGGGAUACCUUCUCCUUGGUAUUGUCCGAAUAUAUUCGAAGAAAGUCGAAUAUCUGUUUGAGGAUUGCCAAGAGGUAUUAAUUGGAGUCAAUAACUUUGUGGUUCAUACAAUAGAAGAUUUGCCUUUAGAUACACAGCGGGCACCUUAUUUCGCCAUUACUCUCCCGGAAACUUUUGAACUCGAUGCUUUUGAUCUCGAGGUCCUUGAUGUUGAUGACGCUAUUGGAGGCAACGUCCUGCCCCAUGAGGAGAUAACACUCAAAGAUAAUGCGCCAGAAAAUGCAGGCACCAAGCAAUAUGCUUCAGACAUGUGUUUUUGUGAGGAAAUUGGUGGCAGUCAUAGUACGUGCUCUGCUGAUUACUUCCCCGUUGAAGGAGUUGUCUCAUCUUACUGGAUGGAUGUACAUUUAAGCAACUCGAUUAAUAUAGACAGCUUGAUAGCAAGCAUGGAGAAUCUUAAUGAAAAUAGGCCCCGAGAUGAAAGUGUGGACCUUGCAGUGAUUUCUUCAGUUGAAAAGGAACCUCAAAAUACCGAUAAGCCAUAUGAUGAAGGUAAUCGAGACAAUAGGGAGGCGGUAGAGGACACACAGAUCUUAUCAUCUAGGGAUGGAAUACAAGAAGCAACAAGCACAGAGAAGCUUCAAGACUGCAGAGAAAAUGGUGUUAAUCUUAUGAGAUCUUCUGGGAUUGAAGAAGGACCCUCUGACCAUGUUCAACCAGAAGGUGAAGAUAUUCAAAUUGAUCCAAAGCAGAUAAUGGUCUCAGAAUCUGAACAACUGGAACAUAACACGUACCAGGCCACUAGGCAAGACCAUAAUCUAAGUAAUUUACAGGCUGAAGUGGAGAAGCUUCUAGAUAAUAGGUGCUCUCAUGUAGAAGCUCGCACAGAGAAGCUUCAAGACUGCGGAGAAAAUGGUGUGCACCUUAUGAGAUCAUCUAAGAUUGAGGAAGGACCUACUGACCGUGUUCAACUUCAACCAGAGGGUGAGGAUAUUCAGAUUGAUCCACAGCAGAUAACGAACUCAGAAUUUGAACAACCGGAAAAUGAAAUGUGUCGGGUCACUACGCAAGACCAUGAUCUACAAGCUGAAAGGGAGAAGCUUCGAGAUACUAUGUUCUCUCAAGUAGAAGCAAUAGACAUUGUCGUGUUUGUGCCCAAGGAGCGACAAGAACAUGUCGAAACAUUCGACGAAGAGAAUCAUGAUGACGGAGAGCAAAGACUACCUGAGAUGCCAGAAAAUAUAAAAAGUCGUAGUUUAGGAGAAGGCGAGCCAUUAUUUAUAGAGCUUGAUAGAACUCCAGAAAUCAAGGUUCCAGAUGCUUCAGGUGCUUCCACACUGCAGUAUAUGGGUAUUUCAACACCAGCUACCAAGGAGCGUUCUUUGGUGAAUGCAAGGGCUGCUACGCCGAAGUUUAUAAGUAUUCCAACGCCAGCUACCAAAGAGCGUGCUCAAAUUUCUAGGAAAAGAAAAUGCAUCUUUGAUGAUGUGAUAGUGCUGCCUAACAAGGUACUUAAGACAAGCAUAUAUGACGCCAGUGACUUGGUUUCUAAAAGAAGAAAGGUUGCUCAAACUGCUCUUGCUGUUUGGAGAGCAUCUCGAUCGCUCCACAAUGAGUUUUUCGAGCCUUUAAUUCCUUGUGCUUCCUCAGAACUAAGAUCCCUCUUUUCUGUGAAGAAAUUGAAGAUAAUAACCUCUGUUAAAACUGUGGAACCUCCAAUAGAACUCAACAUUCCUGAGAGACCACCAGUUGCUAUAUCAGAGCAAAUAUGCAUUGCUCCAGAAACACCCGUCCAGCGCUCCACAUUUCCGAAAUCAUUUGAGGGCCCAGUGAGCCCUCAAACUCCAAACUAUGAUAGAGUAAGGCCUGAACUGUUCGAAAAUUUAGAGCAGGAGCCAGCUUCAAUCAGGGACGAGGAACUUGAUCUCAGUCUUAUAGAUGAGGUGACAAACUCAAGUGUAGAAGAUAACUACGAAUUGGAUGGAUGGUCAGGGAGAACCAGAAAGGUGGCAAGGUAUUUGCACAGAAGUUUUCUAGAUCAAAAGGAACGGGGAGAGGAGGAGGCGGUGACCUUGUCACGGGUUGUGAAGGGAAGAACCAAGAAAGAAAGUGCAGGGUUUUUCUAUGAGAUACUGGUGCUGAGCAGUAAAGGGUAUGUGGGUAUGAAGCAAGAUGAUGCUUAUGGUGACAUUUUGGUCUGCAAACUCGAAAGUUUAAACAUGGAACCAAACUUGUGGAAGAGCUAGUUACCGGAAAACAAAUUCUGGAAGAGUUAUCAUGUCACAACUUUCCUAGAACUGACAAAUUCUAUUUCCAUUCCAUGAGAAUGAAAAACCUGUAUAGGUUCGUACACCUCAACGUUAGAUGAGUUACCUUCCUUAACAUGUUGUAAAUAUAGAAUUUUCU